AUGAAGAGAGGCAGGGGAGGAGCUGGUGGCAACAAGAUGAGGGUGACCCUCGGUCUCCCCGUCGGUGCCCUCAUCAACUGCUGCGACAACAGUGGCGCAAAGAACCUGUACAUCAUUGCCGUCAAGGGCUGGGGCAGCUGCCUGAACCGUCUGCCGGCGUGCUCGUUGGGCGAUCUGGUUUUGGCGACAGUCAAGAAAGGCAAACCCGACUUGAGGAAGAAAGUCCACAUGGCCAUCAUUGUUCGACAGAGAAGAGCGUGGCGCCGUGCAGAGGGCUACUUCAUCUACUUCGAGGACAACGCCGGAGUUGUCGCGAACAACAAGGGAGAAAUGAAAGGUUCUGCCGUCACCGGUCCCGUCGGCAAGGAGUGCGCCGAGCUGUGGCCCAAGAUCUCCGCUGCGGCCACUGCCAUCUGCUAA